AACGUAAAUCACGGAAGAGAUUCUGCAGUCCUACUAGUUUGGCAAGUUCUCUGGUCUCAAAGCAGCGUAGAAAGGCGGAGAAGAGGGUAGAAACUCAAAUUUGCGCAUAUUUAUACACCUCUUGUCCCGCAGAAGGUAUAUGAGAGAAGAGUCAUGGAGGCUGCCAUUCAGUCUGUGGUAAAGGUCUUCUUGAAGGCAUCCAAAGGAAAGGAGAGUCUAGGAAGGAAAGAAUUCCAGAGCCUCGUCAAGACCCAGCUCUGCAACAUCCUGUCGGACACAGACAGCAAAGAGGCGGUCAACAACAUGGCCCAGAGCCUGGAUGCCAACCAGGAUGGCAAGGUUGCCUUCGAGGAGUUCAUGAAGCUGGUCGGCUAUCUGUCAACAUCGCUCAGUGAGCAGCGUGUCCUUGCAGCAAAAGAGCCUUCCCAAAAUGCUGCCUCUGCACAAGUGGCACAAAGUGCUCACAACAAAGAGGAGGAAAAACCAGAGGCAAAAGCAGAGGCAAAGGAGGAAGCAAAGCCAGAAGUAAAGGAAGAGGCAAAGCCUGGAGCAACUGCCGAAGUAAAGGUAGAUGCAAAUGCAGAUAAAACAGCAGAAGUAAAGGUAGUGGUAAAGGCAGAGGGGGAGACACAGCCUCAGGCAGCAAAUAAGGAGCCUGCAAUAGUGGUGGUCCCAGCAGCAGGAGAAGCAGCAGCAGCAUCAGCAACAGUUGAAAUGGUCAUAAAAGAAGAAAACAAGGUGGUGGAAACAGAAGUGGUGGUGGGAGCUGCAGAGAAGCUGGCUGCAGCUGUGGAGGCAGAGGUGGAGAAGACAGAGGAGGCAGCCUCAUAGGGGACAAUCCAUUCCUUUACCAAAAAAAAAAUACACAUUUACAUUCAACCCUACACAAAAAAUGUCAUUAACAUUGCCAAAAUAAGUUGGCAAACUACUAAAGGUAAUUAAAACACACAACUUUAAAAUGCAAAUGAUCAGUAUAAAUUCAAACACAACAAACCCAGCUCUGAAGAAACCCCAUUCCCUACAUAUGAAAAAUAAUACAUGUGAAUGAUAUAAGAAUUAUUGCUUUGUACUUGUGUUUACCACUAUGUUCACAUUUACAGCAUGUGCAUCCCACUCUAUAGCACAUUUACCUCAUUAUGAUGAUGUACUAUGAUAGCAUGCAGAUAUACACUAUCAUGUGCAUGCAUUAUCCCUGUGAAAACUGCAAACACAUUACCAAAGUUUCACUGUAUGUUAAACACCACCACAGACAAAAGAGUUAGUUUAAAUCCUGUCCUCUCCCCACGUGUCUUGACGGUUGUGUCACACAUCUCCACAUCAUUCACUGUACAGUCCUCUAAGUCUGUGGUGAAGCAUCACUAUAUAGCUUGCUAGGCACUAAUGACCUGAAGGAAUAGUUUGACAUUUUGGGAAAUACCUUUAUUAGAUUUCUUGCCAAAACAUAUGACAAACAACACCACUCCUAUAUCUGUCCAUUGAAUAUGAAGCUACAGCAAGCAGUUAGCUCAGGUUAGCAUAAAGAGUGGAAACAGGGAAACAACUGGCUUGGCUGUGUCUACAUGUAGCAAAAACCACCUACUGGCACCCUCAAAGCUCACUAGUUAACAUGUUAUAGCUUAGCAGAAAACUAUCGUUUAUACUUUGGUUUUUGUAUGGAUUAAACAAACAAGAUUUAAUGUGUUAAUUAGUGAACUCAAGAGCUGCUAGCAGGCAGUUUUUGAUAGCCCUUCUUUUCUGUGUCUGUGCUUGCUAAUCUAAUCUAACUGGCUGCUGGAUAUGGCUACUGGACAGAUGAGAGUGGUAUCAGUCUUACCAUCUAACCCUAACAUGAAUAAGUGCAUUUUGAAUUACUUUUGUAAACGCUGCAUGAAAAUCUGACAAUAACACUAUUAUUUUAUUUUUUUUACAUUCUCAUCUUUUAACCCACAAUGCUAUGACAAUAAACAAAUUGUUUUGCUGAAGAUUUGCAUUACUUCAGCUCAUCUAAAAUGUGUACUCAGUACCCCAUCACACCCUCGCCCUCUCUCUUUCUAGUCUACUUUAUGGGUCUCAUUCCUUUUUUUCUGUAAUUCCCAGAAAGGUUCACUUUAUCUGCAGCCUGCAUUAUAUUCUCCUCAUUCAUAAUCAUAAUUAUGGAUUAGGACCUGGAAGAUACAGCACAUAGAAUGUAGUCCCUUGGUAGUGGGCUGGUGACUGGAGAAGCAGGUCAAAGACGGUGUUCAUGCAAACUAAUCCACCUAGGUUAGAACUGGUGGAGAAGAACAAGAUAACAUACAGUUACGAGCAAAGAACCCCAUAAACUGGUUCCCUGGUAGCACUGGAUUGGAAUGGCAGAAACCUUCUGGCUCACUUUAAAAUUGCUCCUUGUUUCUUGCUGUUUUCCACUGGUUGUAGCCCCAGUUGCAUGUUUAUUUUUCAGUCACACCUGCAUACAGUUUAAAGACACUGCUUGACUUGCAACUGGAUCCUUGAGUGCCAGGCACUGGGAAACGACAGGAUUAGGCAUUUGAUGAGUAACACACCCUGGGACACAAACAAUAACAUGAAAGUAAUGCCAGGCUCCAGCGAUCCUGCCCAUCAGACAAGGUGGUGGUGUCGGAGGGAUUGUUUCUUUUUAAGGAAAAAGAAUACUGAGCCAUAUAUAUGAAUCUAUGUGGUGUAAUCUUUUACAACAGGCUAAUAAUAAGAUGUUGCAUGCUAUUAGAAACGUAUUUGCUAAAUAUUACCAUUGUAUUACCAUUAUUGUGGCCAUUUCUAUGUUCUACAUGGCCUCUUUAUAUUUAACUUCUUAACCUAAUCCUUUCGUAUUUGAACCACUAUGGAGAGCACUUGAAAAUGUAGUUCUUUGUCACAUUAGAUGCAAUUUGUUAAUUACAAUUUAAUGACUUGUAAAAUGUUUCAUCAUCAAUAACCAUGCUAUUUUAUAGGUCUACCUGGCUAACAGCAUAGUGCUUAAAGGUACACACUACCAACAACACUUGGUGCUGCCAGCUGCUUAGCAGCAAAAUGGGCAAGACAAAUAAACCUGAAGUCAUGUGGUCACCCUGCCUCAGUGCAACACUCCCAUUGUAAAUAAUCACUCAUUAACACUCACACUCACGCCUUUAUACUUAGAGUAUGCUAUGUUACUACUACUAAGAAACUUAUUGGACAUGUUCAGGCUAUUUUAUAGACUAUAUCAUUAUUUCUUUUAUUGAAACCUACAGUAUAUACUUUUUGUAUCCAGACAUUUUCUAACAUGGUACUUCCUUGAAUAAUGGAGACAUAUCACUCUCUUGCACCAUCUGCAGUUGGCUUCCUGUUCAGCAUGUACAUUGGCCUUAGGCACUUAACCAAAGCGGGUUUUACCACUUUUAUCCCUGUUAGAUUAAUUCAUUUAAAUGUGACCUCUGUGUUUUUUCUUUGCUCUCAAUCAUCAUCAUCAGCCAAAUUAUGGUAAGAAGAAACUGGAUAAAGCAAAAUUCACUUUACUGACAUGUUCAAAUUACUUGACUUGCACUGUCAACAGAUUCCUGGAUUUUGAGGGGACAGACCCAGAUGGAACAUCAUCUGGAAAUUAUUUUAUCACAGCCGAUGCCUUAUUUUAGCCUGUUUGGAAUAGCAGAAGGACAGAGUGAACUAUGAACAUUUUCUUUUAAAGAUUAAACUGUAUGAAUUGGCUGUUAUGUUAUUGUUCUGUAGUGUAAACCCCACCCAACCUUAACUCCAUGUAGAUUAAAAACAUGCUGGAACCAAACACAGAGGGGAUUUGCAGCAGGGUGUGUUUGCAGCCAGAUUUUGAUUGCCAUACAAUAAGUCUCAUUCAUUAUGAGACAGUGGAUCAUGAUAAAAGCCUGUGUUAAGAAUUCUCCCAGUGGAUUAAGUGUACAUGCAAGUGUAUGGAUGUGCGUUUAAGGACAUUUUGGUCUAAAAUGUAUGUGGUUUUGGGAUCAUUCCCAGGAUAUUGUGCAGGGUGUUAUCAUUGUGCAUUGAAGAACUCUGUUUAUUUCCUGCCAAGUUCUAGAGGGUGUGUGUGUUUUGCAUUUGGACUCAUUUUAGUCCAUUGUCAUGUCCAGGAAACUCCACUGUGCUAGUAUUUUAACUUCGUAUGUAAUGCUGUAUCAUUUUUGCUCAUUCUAUCUGGUAUGUGUAAUGCCUAAUAAUGAAUAAA